ACGUGGGCUGGUCUAUUUAAACAAACGUUAAUCAAAUACCUACGUAAAUGCGGAUGAUAUUUUAUUUAAAAUCUAAAUACGACGUCUGUGACAGUGAUAGAAAAGUUAAUAAAAUUAUGGCGCAAAUAUUAGUUUCUGUAUUUUUAUCCACCGUGUUGUUUUGUAAUAACUUGGACGCGAACGAAUUGAAACUAAAGCAAGUUUUGAUAUUCAGUAGGCACAAUGUGCGGUAUCCAGUUGCGGAUGACCUGGAACGAUAUACACAGAAACCAUGGCCCACAUUAUCUGGAGCAAAAGGAGCUCUGACGCCUAGAGGAGCACGGCUAGAAGGAUACAUGGGCGAAUAUUUCGCAGAAUGGUUCAAUGACAAUGAGUUUCUAAAUGUAGGAUGUCCUGAUGACGACGAGGUGUAUGUGUACACGAACACACUGAGCAGAACUAAGGCAACUGCGCGAGCUUUCCUUGAAUCUGCGUUUAAAGACUGCCCCGUGCGUAUGUAUCAUAAAAAAAAUAAUGGCUCAGAUCCUCUCUUUGCCCCUGUGAUACACAACACUACGCAGGCUUACAAAGACAAGGUAAUAGGAGAAAUCAAAAGAAAAAUGUUAAAUAAUCAGAAACUCAAAGAGGUGUAUUUGGAAUUAAACGACAUAUUGGAUAUAGAAGAGUCAGAUGUUUGCAAAGAGGAUGGUAUCUGUGAUUUGACGGAGCCAAAGAAUUCGAUAUUUUACAAAGUUGGUAAAGAACUGUGGGUUAACGGACCACUGAUGAUAGCCGAUUCGGUGGUAGAUUUCUUUGUAAUGAGUUACUACGAUGGUGUGCCAGUGAAAGACAUUGCGUGGGGUUAUAUGAGAAAUAAAGAAAAAUGGAAAGUAGUGACGGAGUUGGUAUGUCAAGACCAUGACAUAAGGUACUCAACAGCCGCUGAAGAUAUCGGAGCACCAUUGAUGAACUACUUGAGAGAAAUAUUUAACAAUUAUGACGACAUGCCGAAAUUGACAUUGAUAGUCGGUCACGAUUAUAAUUUGAACACUAUUACUACAAAUAUGGGAUUUGAACCCGUAGAUUUGCCGAAGCAGUUUGAGAAACAUCCUAUUGGUGGAAAGCUGGUAUUUCAGAGAUGGACAGAUGAUAAAAAUGACUUUUUGAGGGUGGAGUAUGUGUACCCGAGUUGGUCUCAGGUGCGAAGUGGGAAUAAGUUUUCUUUUAAUAAUCCUCCGCAGAGGGUCGUCAUGAGAUUAAACUGGUGUUCAGACAAGGAUAGACAUGGAUAUUGUCCGUGGAAUGAGUUUGUCAGUAAACUGUAGAUUGUAUGUAAUAAAAAUAUUUCAAAGUUAUUAAACAAGAGUUUAUUUUUGCGAAUCUUGGUGACCUUGCUUUGGAUCUUAUACAUAAAUGAAAUGUUUUUCUUUCGUUUCCUUCAUCCUUUUGCGAUAUUGA